UUCGAAUGGACAAAACUACAAUGAAAUUAUCACAAAACGUGUACGAAAGAGUCAAAAUAAACAACUGGAAGCUCAAAGAGUUAGUUUCUCGAUGAGCCAAUCAGAUUUCAUCAAGGUGUUUGACAAGCUAUGCCCGAAGACAAAGUGUUGAAGCCGAGAAAAGACAAAUUCUCUUUGAGAAACGUUUAAUAAAUUUAACUAGAAUUCUCAUGGAAGUACAUCGAAGAGAACACGCGGGUAGUUCUGUGAGCAAAGGUCAUCAGGAGGAAGGUAAACAUGUGAAUAAUCCAAUUUAUUCUCGUUAUAAGAACGAGAAUUUAACGGCUAAAAAUGUAUGGAAUGGCAAAGAAAAUAAGAAUUACAAAACAGAUUCAGCCGUACAGAAAGACUUUGCUCAGUUGAAAACUUCUAUGCCUUCAAAGAAAAUGAAAAUACAAUCAACUAUGGCUGCCGAAGAGUUGCCUGAAAAUCUUCACAAAACGGAAACGCCAAUGACAAGGUCGAAUGAUGUGACUUUUGGAAGUAUAAAACAACUCACCCACGUAAAAACAACGCCAACAAAGCGGCGUUCUGUAUUAACGUCUCCUUCGUUUACAAAAGGCGUUGAGAGACAAAAUACAAGCGUAGAAUUGACUGGAAACAUUUUGAAGAAAUUUGCCAUGCAUAAUAAAUCUUUACUGUCGACCACAGGUAGUUCAAGUAGUUUGCUUACACGAAGAAAAAAGACAAACUCAAGAGGGAACUUUUCAACUGAAAGCAAAACAGAAAUAUCGUUUUCAUUCAAACAAAAAACAGCAUCUAAACUCUUAGGCCGAAACACGACAGGAAAAACGACAGAAACUAUGAAGAAUGUAUCUUCUUUUAAACAACAGGAGGAACGUUUUGUAGAUGAAAGCACUUUACGUCGUCGUGCAGACAUGUUUUUACGCAAAAUAAAAGACUUCGGAAUGACCUACAGCGAAAGCUUUUUCCAUUACAAACGUCAACAAAAUUCAGCCAUCUUUUACCGAGAGGUGCUACCAGUCUCGGGAAGUAAAGGAAGAUUGACAGUUUUCCUGUUGCAUGAUUCUGAUCAGGAUUCCAGGAUCUGGUUAAGCACCGGAACUCUUUACUCCCUCGGAAUACAGGGACACAGGGUGGUUGCGUUAGACCUACCUGGAUAUGGUAAAUCAACGAAUAUAUCAGAGCCUGGCACUAGUUUGGAAAGGCUGAAAUUGCUUGCGUCCUUUAUGUUCACCGUUUCCCCGAAAGGUCCCAGAGUUCUCGUGUCCGCCGGAGAAAGUGGCUUGUAUUCGGUUCCCAUAGUGAUAUCCGCGUCAGUCAUGCUAAAGGGCGUGGUCUUUGUUUCGACAGCCCAUACGGGGAAGUUCCCUGCUUCGAACUACGAGAAUGUUCACCUACCGGCGUUAGUGAUCCACGGAGAGAAUGACAAUUCAGCAUUUCUCAAGGUGUUUCUAGAGAGCAUGAAGCAUUUGUCUGAGGCGGAAAGGAUUUCCUUGGAGCAAUCUGGUCGCUAUUGUUACAUCGAGAAACCCGAUCAUUUUCAUCGAUUACUGAAUAAGUUUCUUUUGAAAAUCUCGCCGGAAAGAAAAAAACACUCAAACAAAUCUCGUUUACGAAGAUCAUAGUUAUUUUUGCUGAGUCUAUAAAAAACACGAAACAGAAAUUGUAAGAGCUCUCCUAUGUCAACAUAUGGUUGAGAAAAUGCAGAACACAAGAGCAGAAAGUAUUUCAGCUCCUCUUCAGGAAGGAACACAAGUCAUAACCCCCAAAAAAUCGCUAAACACUCCGGCUGUGAAUAGAAUUACCCGUAAAUUUGUAUUAAGAAUCGAAUCAAAUUAUUUCAGUCAAAGAGUUUGUAAACCUGAUAUUUUGAGUUGAAAUAGGAAGGGUAUUUUGUAAAGCUUGAUAUGAUAAAACUGCUCAUUGUUGCUAUACACCAAGAAAGGAAAUAA